AUGCGUGCUCGGCUCCACUCGCGGCUGCUGCGCCUCGCACUGCUGCCACCAUGCUACUGCGGUUCAGCUGAGCACCCCACCAUGCCCGCCCUCCAGCUCGCCCUCGGCCACACCCGCGUGCUCGUCGUGCCUGCUGCUCGGGCGCGGUUGCUCCCUCAACCGUCGCAGCUCCAGCCUCUGAUGCACCCCGGCCUCCUCAGCCUACGCGCGCCCGCGCCCGUCCUGGCUCGGCGCCCCUCGUCGGCCUCCUCCAACGCCUGCCGGGUCGUCCUCGCACACCGGCUCCCGUGCCUGCCGGGUCGUCCUGACACGCCGGCUCCUGCGCCCGCCGGCCCGUCCUCGCGUCUCGGUCACUCCGCCAUCGACCACGCCGGGCGUCGCGCCCGGCCGCCCAGCCUCCACGCCAGUCGGCCUCCGUGUGCAGAGGCCGGCUGCUCCGUCCGUGCACCCGCAUCGCCCUGGGCCGGCUGCUGCUCCGCGCCGGCAUCGCCCAGCGCAUCUGCCUCGCUCUACUACGCGCGCCGACUCCCGAGCUCGGCCUCCCGUCGCCGGCGCCGCUUGGCCUCGCUUCCGACCUCUUCGCGCCGGCUCCGCCCCCAGCCUUCUCCGCUAACCCGGACGGCAGGCUGGGCCGCCUCCGCCUCCUCCACGAGCAGCGCCGGCUCGCCCACUCCGCCGGGCCGCCUCCGCCUCCUCCACGAGCAGCGGCGGCUCGCCCACUCCGCCGGGCCGCCUCCCCGCGCCACCUCCCAGGACCGGCUCGGCCUGCUCCGCCAGGCCACCUCCUCGCACCGGCUCGGCCGCGCGCGCGCUUGCCCCACCUCGAGCCCGGCCGCGUCCGGCUCCCCGGUGCCGCCCCGCGCCCAGCCGGGUCCGGUGAGCGUCGCCUCCACCUACGACCGGGUCGCCUCCACCGGCGACCGGGCCGCCUCCUGCGCGCCCCCACGCUGGCUCCGCCCCGCAUGCGCGUGGCGCCUCCGGCCGCCGCUCCCCCAACCCUGUGCCGGCCUCCACGCCAGGCUCCGGCAGCUUGCCGACUCCGCCCCGACUCGGACGGCCGGCUCCGCCGCUUGCCGACUCCGCCCCGACUCGGACGGCCGGCUCCGCCGCUUGCCGACUCCGCCCGACUCGGACGGCCGGCUCCGCCGCUUGCCGGCUCAACCGCCGGUCGGCUUCGCCCACCACCCGGCCAUCCUGGCUGGCCGCCGGCUCCCCGAUCGCCUGCUGCUGGUUUCCACAUCCAGCUGUCCAGGGCCGGCUGGAGAAGAAAAGAGAAAGGGCCGAUUGCCCGACGCGAGGCAAAAAAAAAGAGAGAGAAAAGAGAAAGAAGUCGGCUGGGACACAAGAAAAGAAAAACGUCCGGAUGAUUCGUCCGCCUGCUUCGCCACUCGGACGGUCAGUCCUGACCCACGCUGUCAGUAG